CUUACUUUCAUGUCAGUUAGGUGCCGCCUUCUCUUCGCUCGCUCACUCUCCAUUUAUUCUCUCUUUACACGUAACUCUCUGUACAGUCUUUUCUUAGUCUUCUCACACCCGUACACCUGGACUUCAACUGUUUUGUUCCAUUAAAGCCAUGGUGUGACACUAUUUACUGCAGCUCCACUGUCCCAUUCCUCUGCUCUGGAAGCAGCAGAGUUUCAAGAAUUUCCUAAAUAAAAUCUUUCAUGGUGAAUUGUAGGGUAAUUUGAUUUUGUUGUUGAGGUUAUAAAUUAAAAAAGGAUGGCUUACCAAAGGAGGGGAUCGGACCUCCAACCGCAGAGGCGUAUUCUGCGGACACAGACUGCUGGUAAUCUAGGGGAGUCUAUGAUGGACAGUGAGGUGGUUCCAUCAUCACUGGUAGAGAUUGCACCAAUUCUACGUGUUGCCAAUGAGGUCGAGCCAACUAAUCCCAGGGUCGCUUAUCUCUGUCGGUUUUAUGCCUUUGAGAAAGCUCACCGUUUGGAUCCAACAUCAAGUGGACGAGGAGUCCGUCAGUUCAAAACAGCCCUGCUUCAACGUUUGGAAAGGGAAAAUGAUACAACAAUAGCUGGAAGGACAAAGAGUGAUGCUCGAGAAAUGCAGAGUUUCUAUCAGCACUACUACAGGAAGUAUAUUCAGGCGUUGCAUGCUGCUGAUAAAGCUGAUCGUGCUCGACUCACAAAAGCAUACCAAACUGCUGCUGUACUUUUUGAGGUCUUGAAGGCCGUUAAUUUGACAGAAGCAGUUGAAGUUGCUGAUGAGAUUUUGGAAGCUCACACAAAGGUUACAGAGAAGACAGCAAUUUAUGUCCCUUAUAAUAUACUACCCCUGGAUCCUGACAGUGCAAGUCAAGCAAUUAUGAGAUAUCCUGAGAUUCAAGCUUCAGUUUCCGCACUUCGUAAUAUUAGAGGACUACCAUGGCCUAAGGGUCAUAAGAAAAAAGUUGAUGAGGAUAUUUUAGAUUGGCUUCAGGUUAUGUUUGGUUUUCAGAAGCAUAAUGUAUCAAAUCAGCGGGAACACUUAAUCUUGUUGCUGGCAAAUGUGCACAUUCGUCAAUUUCCAAAGCCUGAUCAGCAGCCCAAAUUGGAUGACGAGGCACUUACAGAAGUUAUGAAAAAGCUCUUCAAAAACUACAAGAAAUGGUGCAAGUAUCUUGGUCGCAAGAGUAGUCUUUGGUUGCCGACAAUCCAACAAGAAGUGCAGCAAAGGAAGCUGUUAUACAUGGGCUUAUAUCUUCUUAUCUGGGGGGAGGCUGCAAAUUUACGAUUUAUGCCAGAAUGCCUCUGUUAUAUCUACCAUCAUAUGGCCUUUGAACUUUAUGGUCUGCUUGCUGGAAGUGUUAGUCCUACAACAGGUGAGACUAUUAAGCCUGCCUAUGGUGGUGAUGAAGAGGCUUUCCUGAAGAAAGUCGUAACUCCAAUUUAUAACACUAUAGCUGGGGAAGCUAAAAGGAGCAAAGAUGGAAAAUCAAAGCAUGCUCAAUGGAGAAACUACGAUGAUUUAAAUGAGUACUUCUGGUCAGAAAAUUGUUUCAGGCUCGGAUGGCCAAUGCGUGCUGAUUCCGACUUCUUCUGUAUUCCUGGUGAAAGGCAUCGCAGUGACAAGACUGAGGAAAGUGAACGAAGUACAGGGGAUCGAUGGAUGGGAAAAAUUAAUUUUGUUGAGAUACGCUCGUUUUGGCACAUAUUUAGGAGUUUUGAUAGGAUGUGGAGCUUUUUUAUUUUGUGCUUGCAGGCUAUGAUCAUCGUUGCUUGGAAUGGCUCAGGCGAUCUUGGUUCUGUAUUUGAGGCAAAUGUAUUCAAGAAAGUCUUGAGCAUUUUCAUAACUGCUGCAAUACUGAAACUUAUCCAAGCUGUUGUGGAUGUAAUUAUGAGUUGGAAAGCAUGGCACAACAUGUCUCCACAUGUGAAGCUAAGAUAUGUAUUAAAGGUGGUUUCUGCAGCUGCUUGGGUGAUUGUUUUGCCAGUCACUUAUGCAUAUAGUUGGAAAAACACUGCUGGAAUUGCGAUGACCAUUAGGAAUUGGUUUGGAAAUGGUGCAAGUUCCCCUUCUUUCUUUAUUAUUGCAAGUCUGAUAUAUUUGUCUCCCAACAUGCUCUCUGGAUUAUUGUUUCUGUUUCCCUUCAUCCGCCGGUAUCUUGAGAAGUCGGAUUAUAAAAUCUUCAGGCUCAUUAUGUGGUGGUCUCAGCCUCGACUCUUUGUUGGCAGGGGGAUGCAAGAGAGUACAUUUUCUCUUUUCAAAUACACUCUAUUUUGGGUUCUCCUAUUAGCAGCCAAGCUGGCAUUCAGUUUCUUUAUAGAGAUAAAGCCUCUCGUAAAUCCAACAAAAGAAAUAAUGAAGGUUCACAUAUCACGUUAUGCAUGGCAUGAGUUCUUCCCUCGAGCAAAUAAAAAUAUAGGAGUGGUGAUUGCACUCUGGGCUCCUAUCAUUCUAGUCUAUUUCAUGGAUAUACAGAUCUGGUAUGCUAUUUUCUCCACAAUAUUUGGCGGCAUAUAUGGAGCUUUUCGGCGUCUAGGAGAGAUAAGAACCUUAGGAAUGCUGAGGUCUCGCUUCCAGUCAUUGCCUGGUGCUUUUAAUGCCUGCUUAAUUCCUGUGGAGAAGGGUAAAAAACCUAAGAAGGGACUGAAGGCAACAUUUUCUCGGAAAUUUGAUGAGAUCCCAUCCAGUAAAGAGAAGGAAGCAGCAAGGUUUGCUCAGAUGUGGAAUAAAAUCAUUGAAAGCUUCAGAGAGGAGGAUCUAAUAAAUAAUAGGGAAAUGAACCUGUUGCUUGUGCCUUACUGGGCAGAUCGUGAUUUAAAUCUCAUCCAGUGGCCUCCAUUUUUACUAGCUAGCAAGCUUCCUAUUGCACUGGAUAUGGCUAAAGAUUGUGCUGGGAAAGACCGUGUCCGUGAGCUGAACAAGAGACUGACUUUAGAUGUUUACAUGCGCUGUGCAAUUCGUGAAUGCUAUCUUUCAUGUAAAAGCAUCAUCAAUUCUUUGGUUGUGGGUGAACGUGAAAAAGUGGUCCUAAAUGAGAUUUUCUCCAAAGCUGAUGAACACGUAGAGAAAGGUGAUCUAACAGUAGAAUUUCAAAUGGGUGCCCUUCCUAGCCUUUAUGAGCAAUUUGUACAGCUUAUCGAAUACCUGAAAGAGAAUAAAAAAGAGGACAAGGAUCAAGUAGUAAUUGUGUUGCUCAACAUGUUUGAGGUUGUGACCAGGGACAUAAUGGAAGACUCAAUUCCUAGUAUUCUAGACUCUAGUCAUGGUGGCUCUUACAGCAUGCAUGAGGCAAUGACGCCUAUUGAUAAACAAUAUCAAUUUUUUGGCACACUGAGGUUCCCAGUGACAGAAGAAACAGAUGCAUGGAAAGAGAAGAUACAAAGGCUACAUUUGCUGCUUACUGUCAAGGAGUCAGCAAUGGAUGUGCCCUCUAAUCUAGAAGCUCGGAGGCGUAUCUCUUUCUUCUCAAAUUCAUUGUUUAUGGAUAUGCCUGAUGCUCCCAAAGUUCGGAACAUGCUUUCCUUUUCUACCUUAACUCCUUACUACAAUGAGGAGGUUCUCUUCUCUAUAAAUUCGCUGAAGAAACCUAAUGAAGAUGGUGUUUCAAUACUUUUCUAUCUGCAAAAGAUUUAUCCAGAUGAAUGGGACAAUUUUCUUGAGAGAGUUGAUUGCAGCAGUGAAGAGGAUCUCAUGGGAAAUGUAAAAUUGGAAGAAGAACUCCGUCUAUGGGCAUCUUACAGAGGCCAGACAUUAACAAAAACUGUGCGGGGCAUGAUGUACUACCGGCAAGCUUUGGAACUUCAGGCGUUUCUUGAUAUGGCGAAAGAUGAAGAACUGUUGAAAGGCUACAAAGCUGUUGUAUCAAAUACUGAGGAGCAGUUGAGGAAUGAGAGGUCCUUGCUAGUUCAAUGUCAAGCAGUUGCAGACAUGAAGUUCACAUAUGUGGUUUCCUGUCAACAGUAUGGCAUUCAAAAGCGAUCCGGUGAUCCUCAUGCAGCUGAUAUUUUAAGGCUUAUGACAAAAUAUCCCUCGAUUCGUGUUGCUUACAUUGAUGAGGUUGAGGAACCUAGCAAAGAUAAAACCAAAAAGACGGUAGAGAAGGUUUAUUAUUCAGCUCUUGUCAAGGCUAUGCCGAAGUCGGUUGACUCUUCUGAACCAGAUCAAAAUUUAGAUCAGGUUAUAUAUCGAAUUAAACUGCCAGGGCCAGCACUAAUGGGUGAAGGAAAACCAGAAAACCAGAACCAUGCAAUUGUCUUCACACGUGGAGAAGGAUUGCAAACCAUAGAUAUGAACCAGGAUAAUUACAUGGAAGAGGCCUUCAAGAUGAGAAAUUUAUUGCAAGAGUUUCUUAUAAAGCAUGGCGUGAGCACUCCAACAAUACUGGGACUUAGGGAGCACAUUUUCACGGGCAGUGUUUCUUCGCUUGCAUGGUUCAUGUCAAAUCAGGAAACGAGCUUUGUCACAAUUGGUCAAAGAUUGUUGGCCAAUCCAUUAAAGGUUCGUUUCCAUUAUGGCCAUCCCGAUGUAUUUGAUAGAUUGUUUCACCUAACUAGAGGUGGCAUUAGCAAGGCUUCCAAAACUAUCAACUUAAGCGAGGACAUAUUUGCAGGUUUUAAUUCUACGCUCCGUGGUGGCAAUGUCACUCACCAUGAAUACAUACAAGUGGGUAAAGGUAGGGAUGUGGGCCUUAAUCAAAUUGCACUCUUUGAGGCAAAGAUAGCUAAUGGCAAUGGCGAGCAGACAAUGAGUCGUGAUGUUUACAGGCUAGGUCACCGGUUUGAUUUCUUCCGCAUGUUGUCAUGUUACGCAACCACUGUUGGGUUUUAUAUUAGUACCUUGAUAACUGUUAUUAUAGUCUAUGUAUUUCUCUAUGGUCGUCUGUAUCUUGUCCUUAGUGGUCUUGAAGAGCAAUUGAGCAACCAUCCUGCAAUUCGUGACAAUAAACCUCUUCAAGUAGCUCUAGCUUCACAGUCUUUUGUGCAAAUUGGACUUCUAAUGGCUUUACCUAUGAUGAUGGAGAUUGGUCUUGAAAGGGGUUUCCGAACUGCAUUAACUGAUUUUGUACUUAUGCAACUACAACUUGCUCCUGUAUUUUUCACAUUUUCUCUUGGAACUAGAACCCAUUAUUAUGGGAGAACAUUGCUUCAUGGUGGUGCACAAUACAGAGCUACAGGUCGAGGAUUUGUUGUGUUUCAUGCUAGGUUUGCAGACAACUAUAGAUUUUACUCUAGGACUCAUUUUGUCAAGGGAAUUGAACUGAUGAUUCUGCUACUUGUAUAUCACAUAUUUGGUAAAGCAUACCGAGGUGUUGUCGCAUACGUACUGAUAACAGUAUCAAUUUGGUUCUUAGUUGGAACAUGGCUUUUUGCUCCUUUCCUCUUCAACCCUUCUGGAUUUGAGUGGCAAAAGAUUGUUGAUGAUUGGAAUGACUGGAAUAAGUGGAUAAACAACCGCGGUGGUAUUGGUGUGCCACCAGAAAAGAGUUGGGAAUCAUGGUGGGAGAAAGAACAGGAGCAUCUUCAUCAUUCUGGGAAGCGUGGUAUAAUAGUGGAAAUACUGCUGUCUCUGCGCUUCUUCAUUUAUCAGUAUGGUCUUAUUUAUCACAUUUCAAUUACAAAGGAUCACAGAAGCUUUCUGGUUUAUGGUAUUUCAUGGCUUGUGAUUUUCUUCAUAUUGCUAUUGCUGAAGGCUAUAUCAUUUGGAAGAAAGCGACUAAGUGCUGAUUUUCAACUUGUGUUUCGAUUAAUCAAAGGCCUCAUAUUCCUUUCGUUGGUUGCAAUCCUGAUUAUAUUAAUUGCACUUCCUCACUUGACAUUUCGGGAUAUUAUAGUUUGCAUCCUUGCAUUUAUGCCAACUGGAUGGGGAUUACUUUUGAUUGCUCAAGCUUUGAGGCCUUGGGUUCAACGAGCUGGGAUAUGGGGAUCAAUCCGGACGCUUUCACGGGGUUACGAAAUGUUAAUGGGCUUGCUGCUGUUCACACCCGUCGCCUUCUUGGCAUGGUUCCCUUUUGUCUCGGAGUUCCAGACACGAAUGUUAUUCAACCAGGCGUUUAGCAGGGGUCUGCAGAUUUCUCGUAUCCUUGGUGGUCCAAAGAAAGAUAGAUCCUCGAGCAACAAGGAGUAAUCGAGUUGGAAAACAAGGUAAACUGGUGUAAAUAUUUUUUAAUGCAAAAUGCUCCAGGUAAACAAGGACCCUGCUGGUAGAUUUCGUCGAGGAUGCAGUGCAGAAAUGGCGUGCUUUAGUAAAUGCAGCUGCUCUAUUUGUAUAGCUUUUCGAAUGCUGCAUUAAGGCGCACAAGCAACAGAUGCACAGUAGUUCAAAAGUUGUAGCAACUUUGAUCAGAUGAAUGGUAUCAUAGUAGCAGAAACAAAAUGCCCAUUAACACAUCAAUGGCUUCGAGAAUAAUUUAGCAGGAAUUACAUC